CGCCUGUCCGCAGCCGACGUCCGCCGGCGUGCCGCACGCGCCUCCCGCUGUGUCCCAGUUUCCUGGCCCCGGGUCCCCUCCCCGCGCUGCCGCUCCGCCGCCGGAGGGGCGCUCCCCUUUCUGGCUGACGUUUUAGGGGCCCGACGGGCCCGCGUGGCGCCGGGGAAGCGGCCCAGCCUGUCCCGGGCCCCGCGCGCGCAGCCUGGCGGCCCGGCGCCCUCCGCCGCUGCCAGCCCUCCCGGGACCCACCGACUCCUCGCUGGGUGGCCGCGGCCUCCGGGGGCAUGUGGUGCGGACCCAGCGCUUUCGGUUCUCGGAGGAGCCGGGCCUGGGAGCGGAGGGGGCCAUGCUGGAGGUCCGCGUCCCGCAGGUUCUGCAUCUUCAGUAUGGAAUGUACGUUUGGCCCUGUGCUGUAGUCCUGGCCCAGUACCUGUGGUUUCAUAGAAGAUCCCUACCAGGCAAGGCUAUCUUAGAGAUUGGAGCUGGAGUGAGCCUUCCAGGAAUUGUUGCUGCAAAAUGUGGCGCAGAGGUGACGCUAUCGGACAGUUCAGAGCUGCCUCACUGCCUAGAAGUCUGCCGGCAGAGCUGCCAAAUGAAUGACCUGCCACAGGUGCGUGUUCUAGGUCUAACGUGGGGCCACCUAUCUCUGGACCUGCUGACUUUGCCACCCCAAGAUAUUAUUCUUGCAGCUGACGUAUUCUUUGAACCAGAAGACUUUGAGGACAUUUUAACUACAGUAUACUUUCUGAUGCAGAAGAACCCCAAGGUCCAAUUGUGGUCUACUUACCAGGUAAGAAGUGCUGACUGGUCACUUGAAGCUUUGAUCUACAAGUGGGAUAUGAAAUGUGUCCACAUUCCUCUGGUGUCUUUUGAUGCAGACAAGGAAGAUAUAGCAGAAUCUGCCCUUCCAGGAAGACAUACUGUUGAAAUGCUGGUUAUCUCAUUUGCAAAGGACAGUCUGUGAGUUAAACCUACAAGCUGUUUUGGGACAAUGUCCAUAUUGAUUAGCAACCUGGCAUGCCGGUGAGGAUCCAGACCACUUCAGCCUGAGUAUAAGCAAUGGUCAGAUCUAUUGGCCUUAAGACUGUGAUGUGUCAUCUAGACAGUACUUGUGGGACACAUAGCCAUGGAAACAAAAAUUAAAACACCUAUUAAGGACUCAAGUUGUUCCUAAGUCAUUAAAAUAGGGCAUCCAUUAGGUCAUGAGAAAGGAGCAGCCACAACCUCAGCGUGCUACCAUAGAACAUCAAUUUUAGGGAUUGUUGAACUGGCAUAAAAAAAAAAAAUCAGCUAAGCAUUUCACUUUGAUACUAUACAGUAACAUUCACAAUGGCACAGGUCUUUCAAACAAAGGGAGGAAAAAAGACCAAGACAUAUUCUGAGAAAAGCUAACACCAAGAAAACAUUUUUAAUUAAACUAUAGAAACAACGGUUAUAGUACAGAAUAUUUAUGAGCAAAAAAAAAAAAAAAAGAUACACCAUGUUUUAAGUACUUACAAAGUUACAAACCAUUUGCUUCCUUAACAUUUUUCAUAUUUCAAGUUCAUACAUGAAGGUGAUCAUUUUUACCAUUUGGUGGAGUGAGGGGUA